CGCUCACUCGAUUACUCGAUAGUCGAUAGCGCGCGCGCGCACUCGGACGGGCGUCAGUUCGCGGUUUGCGCUUGCUCCGUAACCGUUUUCGCAGUCACCGCCGUCGCCGAUCUCGCAGUUCGCAAGCGCACAGCGGUCCCCCACCCGAGUAACCACUGUAGUCUCUCCGGUUCGAUAUUAUUAUUUGUUGUAAUUUGCCGCGAGCGCGCGCGCCAGUUCGGUGUUUAUAAUAAUCCGUCGCCGGUCGUGUCGUUAUAGCCGUUGUCGUAGGUUCGCUGGGCACAAUAUAAUAUCCCGAUAAAACUGAUUAUUUUUUCGCUCCCUCUCCCCUCUAAAAAUUCGUAUUUUUUAUUCGUAGUGUCCGAGUUUUCGCGGUUUAUUAGAAUAUUGUGUGGCGAGUGCGUGCGAAAAGUUUAUCCUGUGUAGCACGUUAAGGGUUCGUGUCCGAAAGUUUGCUACCGCCGACGGCCUGUCCAUCGGUGCGGUAGCUUGCAGCGGGUCAUCGCCGUCGUCGUCUUUACGGACACCAAGCGCAGCCCCGAGACGUUCGCUAUAACAUGCGUUAUCCCGCGCACUGCAGAAGAUGGUAUCGAUGACCGGCACAACACCGGUACGGCACCGUUGCGGUUAACGGCGGUCGGUGGUGCGAAUCCGUCCCGGCGCGUAUAAUAGCUGCGCGCAUUAAGAUUUCAGCCCUAGCGAAAGUCGGCCGGAAGAUGGGCUGUGCUAUGUCGGCGGAGGAACGGGCCGCCCUGGCCCGGAGCAGGCAAAUCGAGAGGAACCUCAGGGAGGACGGCCUUCAGGCGGCCAAAGACAUAAAACUGCUGUUGUUAGGUGCUGGAGAAUCAGGGAAAAGUACAAUAGUCAAACAGAUGAAAAUUAUUCAUGAGAGCGGUUUUACGUCAGAAGACUUCAAACAAUACAGGCCUGUGGUUUUCAGCAACACAGUCCAAUCACUGGUUGCCAUAUUAAGAGCAAUGCCAAAUCUUGGAAUUGGAUUCGGCACCAACGAACGGGAGGUAAGAAAAGCAAGUAUUUUCUUUUAA